AUGGACAUGACCCAUGCACUCCGGCCUCCCUCCGGCCUCCUCCACCCCCUCUCGUUGUUGUCGUUCGUUCCCCUCUUCUUCGGCUCACUUUAUCAUGUGGGUGGUCAAAAUCUGACAAGAAGCACGAUUGAUACAAUUUUAAUUUUUUUUCAUUUGUACUCCUUUUGA